GAUUGGACUUAAAUUAUGCUCAGAAAUAUUUUAACUACUCCUAUUUUCACACUGGCCACUUUUUCGUCGAUACGUGGCAUAAGCACGAACAACUUCCACGUUCGCCGCCAUUUUGACAUCCAGCGAUUUGUAGAGACUUUAUUGAAUUGUAGCGUUUUUCGUCAUAUUUCGUAUAUUUGCUUCCGAAAAUACGACUUAAAAAGCUGCAAAAUGGGGAAUAUGUUUGCAAAUUUAUUUAAAGGCCUAUUCGGCAAAAAAGAAAUGAGAAUAUUGAUGGUGGGUCUCGACGCCGCUGGUAAAACUACAAUUCUAUACAAACUAAAAUUAGGCGAAAUUGUUACAACAAUUCCUACUAUUGGGUUUAAUGUUGAAACUGUAGAGUACAAAAACAUCAGUUUCACCGUAUGGGAUGUCGGUGGUCAAGACAAAAUCAGACCACUGUGGAGGCAUUACUUCCAAAAUACACAGGGUCUCAUCUUUGUAGUAGACAGUAACGACCGAGAGCGUAUUGGCGAGGCGCGCGAAGAACUCAUGCGGAUGUUAAGUGAAGAUGAACUACGAGAUGCUGUACUUCUCAUCUUUGCAAACAAACAGGAUCUGCCGAACGCGAUGAACGCGGCGGAGAUCACGGACAAGCUGGGGCUGCACUCGCUGCGCAACCGCAACUGGUACAUCCAGGCGACGUGCGCCACCUCCGGCGACGGCCUCUACGAGGGGCUCGACUGGCUCUCCAACCAGCUGAAGAACGCCAACCGCUAACCACAGACAAUCUGAUUACUGAAAGAGACUAUGGUUUAAGAUAUGUUAACUUUAUUUGCUAUAAAUGAAUACAAUGUAUUAUGUGCGGAUUCAUAAAUGUAAUGCGUCACCCGGUGACCGAGCUGCAUCGCAUUCUCGCUCAACUUGCUACCCUCGACCUAACAGUUUGUGUAACCGUUCCCUUUGAAUCCCUUGCAAUUAACAGUUUCAAAGUAUAAUCAGUGUACAAAUUAUCCGGAGGUGGGACUGUGAGUAGCGUUAACUGUGUUCCACAUCUCAAAGGAUGCGUUGUUUGUUCGUGCUCUGAUGACGUGGAACAAACGAUAGAGUGUAAAGUUUGCUAAAUUACAAUAUUUUUUUUGUUUACAAUAAUCAAUACAACAGUGGAUCAGUGUACACUUAAGCAGUGGUCGUGCAUUGUGAUGUGGAUAGGUUCGUAGCUGACUCGUGAUAAAGAAUCACAGCAUAACAUGUUUUAUAUGUAUACUAUAAUGUGGAAUAAGUUGUCGUAAUAAAGUAUUUAAAGUUAAUUCACAUAUACGACUUUCAAUAUUCACUCUAUUAGUUAAUUAGUGGACCGUAUCUAACAACUGCAGUGCUUGUGGAAUGUAUUAGUGUGCCUGCUGUCUUCUGUUUGUCACAUGAAUCAAGAAUAAAGUUCUCAGGUCAGCUUGUAAUAUAGUUUAUUCCUUUGUCUUUAACCUGAUUAUCCUAAAGGUCGUGUGCUUGGUGUUUCCCACUGUGAGCUAUUUCCGUUCAUAACAAGGAGAUUAUUUUCAAGUGCCACAAUAUAUCCCACCUCGGCUGAAACCUAUUCACAUUGCUCGGACGGUAUUCCUUCCCCUAAAACUCAAUGGAAUUUCAGACAUUUAUAAUUUGUAUGACUUGUAUUAUGUUUAUUUUGAUUGAAGUUAAGUAGGUAGCGUAAGCUGUUAUGUAUUUUACAUUCAAAAAACAUUACAUAUUAAUACUUACGGAGAUGGCUUGUUGUGAUGGACCUGCAUUUAUUUGAUUUCUCAUGACGAACCGAUUAGUUUUAGGUAUUUGUAAUGAUAUAACACAUGUCUACAGAUCUAGUGUUCCCUGCAAUGGGAACUCGGACUGGGAUGUUUUUUGAUCAUACACAAUUAAUUAUAACUUAGCGUUUUUAUAAUGAUUUAGAAAAAAUUGUUGACACCCUGUCAAGGAUAUAAUGAUGUAGGACGUGCGAUGGAUAGUUUUUUUUAUUUUCACGGAAAUCAAGGAGAUAAGUGAAGAAGCGAUAUGUGACAUUCCGGUUUCUCUUAUGCUGUAUUAUGGAAUAAAGUAUCCUCACCAA